AUGCUUGCUUUCCUCCACGCAGGGAUUAUCUACGACGUGAUUGUGGAACCUCCCAGCGUGGGGUCGAUGACAGACGAACACGGGCAUCAGAGGCCAGUGGCGUUCUUGGCAUACAGGGUAAAUGGGCAAUAUAUCAUGGAAGGGCUCGCAUCCAGUUUCCUCUUCACAAUGGGUGGCCUAGGAUUCAUAAUUCUGGAUCGAUCCAAUGCACCAAAUAUCCCCAAGCUGAAUAGGUUUCUUUUACUCUUUAUUGGAUUUGUCAGCGUGCUCUUGAGCUUCUUCAUGGCCAGAGUUUUCAUGAGGAUGAAAUUACCGGGCUACUUGAUGGGUUAA